CUUAUUAUGACUCAGAAGUGGCAGAUGGAAAGGUAGGGCGUUGGACUCUGCUGUUUAUCAAAGUAAAUUAUUUGUCAAUUUUCUGUGACAACUCCAGACGACAGGUGUUCCUAAAAUUGUUUAAAAUGGCUGAUCCCAAAUACGCCGCACUGCCUGGAAUCGCGUAUGACCAACCUGAUUAUUAUGAGUCUGAAGACGUGUCUGAGUCAUUCUCCAACCUUAAUAACCAAGAUCAGAGUGAUUGUGUUGAAAAGCUCAAUACAAAUGUCACAGAGUCUUAUGCAAAAUUUCAAGGGCACUGGUUGUCAUCUCAGAAAGCAGAUUUCUCGGGAAAGAUUGGUGUAAAACACAAUGCUGGUUAUACUUCUUGGAAUGGACCAUAUGAGUUGCAAGCAGAAGGUGAAAAAGAAUCUCCUAUUGAAAAGCUAAACCGUCUCAAGUGUGAAGUUGUGGAACUCCAACAAGAAGUUCAACAAUCUGUUACUGGAUCUGAAGAAUCAGGGGAUCCUAGCAACUUAGCCAUGCAAGUUGCAUUUCUUCAGAAACAACUAAUGGAAAUUAAAAUAGAUGAAGUUGGCUUCCCUAAACCAGAGCUUUCUACAAAAAGAAAAAUUUUUGAGGAUCUGGAAACUGUUGGAAAAACAGCAGGUGAUGAUCAGGGCAAACUUUCUACAACUGACCCAUCCAAGAUUGUUUACCAGUUGCAGUUUAAACCACAACAGAUUAAGCUAGAUCUUGCUUCCAAAGAAGCCAAUAUGCUACAGAGACUGGAAAAACUGGAAAGUUUAUUUGGGGUCCCUGAUAAGAUGAAUCAGCUUUGUGCGGAAACUGGGCAAAAAUGUGUGAGUGAUGCUGUUAGAUCAAUAUGUUCCAAGGUAGCUCUUUUAGAACCAGCUCACCUAGACCAGGUUGAAGGUCGUCUUGCUGUCUUGAUGUCUAAACUUAAUGGCAUAGCCAAGGAACAUGGACCCAUUGAAGACAGCAAUGUAUCAAGAAUGGUUAAAGAACUGUAUGAAGUUGUGAAGCAGCUAGAGCCUUUGAUAUCUCUAUUACCUUCAGUUGUUGAUCGUUUGUCUUCUUUGAAAGUGCUCCAUGAUGGCGCUGUCAACUUUUCCCAAACUAUCGGCCAAGUCGAAAGUAUGCAAUCCAACUUAGAUCUGGCAAUCCAAAAUCAACUUCAGCUAUUAACGGAUAUCCAAGAAGGAUUGUCUACAAAUGUCCAAGCAAUGAAAGCUUCUAUUCAAAAAUUAGAUGAUAAACUGUCACGCAAGUGAAGUUGUUGUCUUAUUUACCUAAUCUCUUAUCUAUAAUUUGAUUCAACUUAUUGUCAAAAAUUUACCAUAAAAUGAAUGAUUACCAAA